AUGAUGAAGUUGAAGUCAAAGAGGUUUUGUAGAAGCAUAUCAAAGCUUGGAAAUAUUGGAAACAAAGUGGUAGCAACAUCUCCAAUUGAAAUUGAAAAGGAGUGUAGUGAAAUCAAAUGGGAACUUAGGCCGGGUGGCAUGCUUGUGCAAAAUAGAGAGAGCAAUAAAAGUGAUGAGGAGAUGAUCACAAUUAGAGUUUCAACAAUGUCAAAGUGGCAUGAUAUUUCCAUUGAAGCCACUUCAACUUUUGGAGAUUUGAAGAUGGCUUUGUCAUUGGUAACAAGUUUGGAGCCUAGAGAACAAAGACUUAUCUACAAAGGUAAGGAGAGAGAUGACAAUGAAUUUCUUCACAUGAUUGGUGUUAGGGACAAAGAUAAGGUUCUUCUUCUUGAAGAUCCGGCCAUUAAGGAAAUGAAGCUAUUUGGUUUGGCAAGAGGAGAAUCUAUUAACAAUCCUUGUUGUACAAUUAGUGUAUAA